UCAGACUCCUGAGCCUGCUGACCGGCUUGGCCAUGUUCUCCGCCUGCAGCAGGGGUUCAGCCUCCUGCUCCAACAUCGUGGGCGGCAGGAAGGUGGCCCGCAGAGAGAUCCCCUUCCUGGUCUCCCUCCAGGACCAGGGGCAGCACUUCUGUGGGGGGGCCCUGGUGCAUGCCCAGUUCGUGCUCACGGCAGCCAGCUGCUUUGGCAACAAGAACCCGGGAGUGGCCACGGUGGUGCUGGGAGCCUACGACCUCCGGAAGCGGGAGCGCUCACGGCAGACCUUCUCCAUCAGCAGGAUCCACGAGAACGGCUACGACCCGCAGGAGAACCUGAACGACCUAUUGCUGCUGCAGCUGGACCGCGAGGCCAACCUCAGCCGCGAGGUGGCGCUGCUGCCGCUGCCGGCACAGAACGCGUCCCUGGAAGCGGGCACCCGCUGCCGCGUGGCGGGCUGGGGCAACCAGCGCUCCGGGGGGCCCCCCUCCCGCUUCCCCAGGGCCAUCAACGUCACCGUCACCUCCGAGGACCAGUGCCGCCCGGGCAACGUGUGCACGGGAGUGUUCAGACGUCGGGGGGGCGUCUGCCAGGGUGAUGGGGGCACACCUCUCGUCUGCAAUGGGCUGGCGUACGGCGUCGCUUCCUUCUCCCUUGGGCCCUGUGGAAGGGGCCCCGACUUCUUCACCAAUGUGGCACUUUUCCGGAACUGGAUCGAUUCUGUGCUGAACACCCCGUCAGAGGGACUCAUCACCCCACCCCCCAGAGAGCCCUGUGAGGGCCCACGAGACCCCACUAGCUCAUGCCCACUGUAAUGUGUCCU